AACUAUGUGUUGCUCUCAAAGUAGUCCCUCGUGGUAGUGGAUCCUUAGCACAUAUUAUAAUAGUCACUUUUCUUAAAAAUUAGAUGAAAAUACACAUGUUGUAACAUUCCUGUGUGUAUGAGUGCCUAGUAAUAUAUAGUUAAAUGUCGGAUUCCGUAGAAGAGUGGCAGGUAGUUCGACGGGGAAAAGGUGCAUCAAGGAAAUUUAAAUCUCACCACCAAAUCCCCCCUGCCUCUGCAUGUCUGCAGGAACAGCUGGAUGUUCAGAAACUUGUCAGACGGAUCAGAGACACAGUGUCUGAGUUGAGAGUUGAAGAGCUUUGGCAACAGUGGAAAAAUCAGCUUCUGUUAGCAACAUCAACAUCCCUAUCAAGACCUUCAGAGAGAAGUGAGACCGACACCCAGCAGGACAAGGACACAGAGGGGACAGUACAGCAACAUCUGGAGUGUGUGUGUUAUGGCCUCGGCUCCUUUUCUUCAUGUGUCUCAGCCCGCUACCAGCUUGCCAUGUUGCUGCUGCUACUGGAUGCAGGACAGAUUCCCCUGAAGAAUUGCUCUCUUUAUGAUCCUGCAUUCUCCUCUGCAGAGAGAGAUGUUUUGAGAGGGCUGGGAUUGACUUUACUCACAGAAAAUGAGGAGGGGAAGCGUCUGGCCUCUAAGCCCACCCUUUUUUAUCUAAUGCACUGUGGAAAAGCCCUGUACAACAACCUGCUGUGGAAGAACUGGAGCCCACGCUGUUUGUCUCUGGUUACGAUCAUCGGAAACUGCUUCAGCGGCAUCAGGGAGAGGACCAUCGAGAGGGAACUGAGGCGGGAUUACUGUUACAUCAGCAAAGCUGUGGAUUUGUGUGAAGAGAGACGGCUGCCUUGUCCUUCCCGACUGAUAGAUGUCUUCAGUGAUACAGCAGUUAUCACUUUUCCUUCAGACCGAUUAAACAAACUCCCACAGUCUACUUGGACAGACUCACCUGAACCACAAUACCAACAUUGCUUGGAUUUAGAAAUAAUACUAAAACAAACGUGCGUCUCAACCUCUCCAGUGACAGGUGAUUGAUAACAAUGGAUGUAUUUUUACUCCCAACACUGAUGUAACUUUUUAAAAUAAAUCAGAAUCAUGGUAAGUUUAUUCUGAGGCUUUUUGGGAGAAGAAAGGACAAUGUUUACUAUUCCAAACUCAUCAGUUCAAGUCUGGUUUUAUGUAGCAAUAAAUAUUUUAAAUGGAUUAGUUUAUGUUCCUCUUAAAAUGUUUUAUUCAUGUUUAUUAUAAACUACAUUCAUAUUUUUAGAGACAUUUUGAAUACGUUUCUUUUAGUUAAACUGCAAAUAGUGGCACCAAAACAUUUUAGUAGUGUGAAGUUCUGACAACCAACAUUUUUUACUGAAGCUGACUUGAAAGGAAUCAGUUCCUAAAUAUCAAACUAAUUUAACGGGGAAAUUGCUCCCACUGAAGGUCUUUUGGUCCACUGUCCAUUAGCGGCUAUGUGAAACAAAUGUUCAAAACGUGUUGUUAGGCAGGUUAAUAUCUGAUAGAAAGUAACGAUGUGUGAAAAUCUGCAAAUAUAUCUGCAAAAUAGUGUUGACUUUGUGCUUCUGUGUUUUCACCGCUUUUUACAUCAGGUCGUUCGUCUGCUAGGUCACGUUUACAACAUUCCACAAGAAUGUUGUAAACUAUUUACCAUUGUCAUUAUGAAAUUGAAGUCUCAACAUCCAUUGAGCAAAAACCAAAUCAGUGUAACUUUUCAGGAUAAGCCAGUAGAUAAAUAAACCACAGUGAUGAUGUUUCAGG